AUGUUCUACAACGAGCUGAAGAAAUAUUUACUAUUAGCGAAGAAAAGGAUUUUAUUAGCCGCACUAUACAUCGGAUCAAAUGAACACGAACUUUUUGCUACUCUUCGGGAAGCACUUGAGACGUCAGCAAAUCUCAAAAUUCACAUAUUGGUUGACUACCUCCGUUCUACUCGACCCGGUCCGAAUGGUAUACAGGAUACCACGGCACAGUCGUUGUUUCCACUAGUUAGAGAUUUCCCUGACAGAAUAGUAGUAUCGAUGUAUCAUACGCCUGACUUAACAGGGUUAUUGAAAAAAGCACUCCCUUCACGGUUCAACGAAAGCAUUGGAUUGAUGCACAUUAAAGCAUUUGUAUUUGAUGAUGAUAUUAUCUUGAGCGGAGCGAACCUAUCGCGUAAUUACUUCACCAAUCGCCAAGAUCGAUAUAUAAUAUUCAAGAACCUACCGCGCCUAGCUGAUUACUUUGCAGAUUUACUCCGAACAAUUGAAUACUUUUCGUACAAACUUCAACCGGCAGACGAUUCAACAUUUGCACUACAGACCCCUAAGGCGACUGAUCCAAUAAGUCAAAGCAAUUCAUUUAGAUCAAAUGCUAACCUCGCAAUGACAGAGUUUAUUCAGCACUGGAUGAAGAAGUCAAAGAAUGACGAUCUUAAACUCUUGGACGGAAUUCCGGUCGAUACAGUCAUAUUUCCUGCAAUUCAAAUGGGUCCAUUGGGAGUUAGACAAGAUGAAAAGGCCUUCUUAAACGUUCUCGACGUAGUUCAUAGGCGUGCUAGAGAAAGCAGUUUAUGGACAGCCAAUGGAUUUUUCAACUCAAAUGGUAUAUCAAAAUAUGUUCCCCACGCGUACGCUCAAUUAGAAAGGCAAUUUUAUAAGGAAAUAGUGAGAGCAAAGAAACGGGAUCUAAUUACAAUCAGUGAAUACAAACGCCCUGAAUGGACUUAUCAUGCAAAGGGACUAUGGAUUUAUAUGAACGAUAAUCGACAUCCUUGUGUAACGUUGAUUGGAUCGCCAAAUUACGGAGACAGGUCAACAGAAAGGGACCUUGAAGCUGAAGUGAUUUUGUUAACUAAAAACGAAAACUUACAGAAGGCAGUUGAUAAGGCAGGUAUCAAGCAAAAUUCAGAAUGCAGUUUGCGUCAUACAGCUAUUUAA